UUGUAGACCUUUCGGAGGUCCCUCAUUCCAGAGGUUUAAGUCCUCUAAGCGCCUUGAUGCUGGUCAGAGUCUCAAGAAACCAAAAUGGGACCUUGCUUCCAUGCCGCCGUUCGAAAAAAACUUUUACCGAGAGCAUCCAGUGGUUUCCGCAAGGGAUGAAAGGGAGAUUGAGUCCUUCAGAGCCGAAAGGAAGAUGACUCUCUUAGGUCGUAUGGUCCCUCGUCCAAUUUUUGCUUUUAGUGAAAUUUAUCUCCCCGAGCAUAUAAACCGCGUUAUCGUCAAGAGUAAUUGGACCGUCCCCUCGUCUAUCCAGGCUCAAGGUUGGCCAAUGGCCUUGAGCGGUCGUGACGUAGUUGGAAUUGCUCAGACUGGUUCUGGGAAGACAGCUGGCUUUCUCAUACCUGCAAUCGUCCACAUUCAAGCCCAACCUCGUUUGCAAAGGGGAGAUGGACCAAUUUGCCUAGUCAUGGUUCCUACCCGCGAGCUGGCCCAACAGGUCCUCAGCGUUGCUAUCGAAUUUGGUCAACCUGCCCGCUUAAGAAGCGUUUGCUUGUCCGGUGGCGCUUCUAAGAUUGCUCAAAUUCGUGAGCUUGAACGUGGCGCUGAGAUCUGCAUUGCCACUCCUGGUCGGUUGCUAGAUCUUUUGGAAACUAAUUUGGUGCGGACCACCUAUCUCGUUCUUGAUGAAGCAGACCGGAUGCUUGAUAUGGGUUUCGAACCUCAGAUACGCAAAGUUAUUGAGCAAGUUAGGCCAGAUAGGCAAACUCUUAUGUGGUCUGCCACCUGGCCACGUGAGGUUCAAACUCUCGCAAGGGACUUUCUCAAAGAUUACAUACAAGUGACAAUUGGAUCAGUGUCUUUGCAUGCUAAUCCAAAUAUCACCCAGAUGAUUGAGAUUAUCGAUGAAUGGAAUAAGGAGCAACGUCUCGUUGAGGUUUUAAACAUGUGUGGUCGUGAGCAAUGUGUAGUCUUUACGGAAACCAAACGGAGGACGGAUCAGGUUGCAAAUAUUCUUCGGCGUCGUGGGUUCAACGUUGGUGCUAUGCAUGGUGAUAAGCAACAGCGCGAAAGAGAUAGGAUCUUGAAUGGAUUUAGGGAAGGAAUGAUCAAUGUUCUUGUUGCGACUGAUGUUGCCUCCAGAGGCUUAGACAUUGAUGGCAUCAGAUACGUCAUAAAUUUUGAUUUCCCAAAUCAGACAGAGGAUUAUAUCCAUCGAAUCGGAAGAACUGCCAGAAGUGAAAAAAAAGGCACAUCAUUCACAUUUUUCACCUCGAAAAAUAUGAAACAUGCCCGUGAUCUAGUCGAGAUUCUCCAAGAGGCCGGGCAAGAAGUCAAUCCACAGCUCCUCGAGAUGUGUAACAUUUCGGGUCACUUCGGCGGUGGGAGGCGUAAUUUUAGAUCAAAUAAUUCAACUUAUCGAAACAACUCGCAUCACUCUUCUGGGUUUGGGAACAAGUCUUUCCAAAAAUAUUCAGACUCUACGCCAGCUUUCCCCCCUUCUGGCAACAAUGUUGAUUCCGGCUUUGAUAUGUCCACCGAUAUCUCUGGUAUCAGAAGCCAGUUUCAGAAUUCCUAUGCCCAAGCAGUUCCUUUAAGCGUAGGACAGCGGUCAGUCGGGCAGAGCUUUCAGGCCCAAGCUCAAACUUUAGCCUCAACUAAUUCGGGUACUCAUUCAUCUAGCAGAUGGGAUAAGUUUGACAAUUCAAGAGCCCAAGAACCUGCUUCACCAGUGGCACCUGCGUACGUACAGGAAGUGCCUAACGCCUACGUGGCGGGCCAAGAAGCGUGGCGUAGCCAGGGCUCUGUUGAGCAAAAUCUUCCUCGACAUACGGGCCCACCCGCUACUGGAAACGGUGUGGUCUCUACUGAUACCACUGAAACGGGAUCAGUCAGAAGACAGUGGUCUAAUAAUCAAUUUGAUGCGACAACACAACGUGUACAGGGGCGCUCUUUUAACCAAACCCCUGGUCUUACAACACGGUCUGUUUCACGUCCGGUUGCUCCAAACCAUGGAUCGUUUACCACUUCCCCAACAAGCAGUCAGCCACCGGUUGAGGCACUCCCUGUCCAGAGAGAGCUCAGACCGCAUACUGCUUCUUCGAGCCAGCCUGCUUAUGCACGCAGUGCUAACGCUAGCUCGAGUGUUCCUCGAGUACCCUCAACCCCUGGAGUUACUGAUGUAUUACAGAGCUUUCCGGCUCACUGGGCCUCUUUUGUACAACAAGCCCAGAUGUAUGGUCAGCCACAGGCGCAGCCAACCGCAACUUAUAAUUCUACGGCCCCCGCGUGGGGCAACCAGAGUGGUUGGGGCGCCAAUUUUAACUAUCCUUACUAA